AUGAUUUAUUCAUCAUUCGUUUAUCCCGUCACCCUAGAUCCAUGGCAGUGGUCAUCGGAUGACGUGAGCAAAUGGUUAGACUGGAGCCUGCAGCACUACCAGAUACCAAAUCACGAGUUCCAGUCUCUGUGCUACAUGAACGGUGCCACUCUAGCGCAACUAUCCGAGGAGCAGUUCAAGCGGUAUACUGGGGAGGAGAGCUAUGCAGUCACGCUGCACGCUGAACUCGACAUCUGGAAGGACGUCUGCCGGUCGCACGCAUCCCGUCAGCAGCGCCACCUACAGCAUAAUCAGCAUCAGCAGCGCCACCUACAACAGCCACACUGUUCGGGUGACUCUGGCCGCCAGGCGUUGCAGCACGCGCAUGACCCCAUGCUAGCACUCCCUUCUCCCGGUCAGCGCCAGUCACCCGCGGGGCAGCGCCAGUCACCACCGGGCCAGGGUGUGUCACCCGCGGGGCAGGGUGUGUCAACCACGGGGCAAGGUUUGUCACCCACGGGGCAAAUUGUGUCACCCCAGACGCAGGGGGCCACCUCACCUCUGGCGCAGGGACCGAGUCACGUGGCCUCCGAUUGCAGUUACGUCGACAUGUCGCGUCUGCUAAGCCAAUGGCGGUCGACGCCGUCGCCGAGUCAGGGCAGUGACGUGUCGUUGCCUAGCGACGGCGAUGACGUGCUGCACGAGCGCGCGAUGAAGCCGCAGCGGUCGACGACCAGCAUACACUUGUGGCAGUUCCUCAAGGAGUUGCUUAGCAACCCGCUCAUGUACGGUGCUGCCAUCCGGUGGCUGGACAGACCCAAAGGUGAGAGGGCAUUGGCGUCGUCGUCGCGUGUGUGAACGGUACCACGCGCUAAGCUGUGGGGCAAGCGGAAGAACCGGCCGGCUAUGAACUACGACAAGUUGAGCCGCUCUCUGCGCCAGUACUACAAGAAGGGCAUCAUGAAGAAGACCGAGCGCUCUCAGCGUCUCGUAUACCAGUUCUGCGUGCCCUAUAGCAUGUAGGUGGCGCUGUCGGCGGCGAAGACGUCGCACACCACGAGGUGGCGCCAGUUCUGUGCGCCGCGCAGGAUGUAGGAGUUUUUGAGUGCCGCGAGGUGGCGCCACCGCCGGCGACGGUGUGCGGCAACUUGUGCGGCUGCCGAUUUCAGUUUUAGUGAUGGAGCUACGCGGGCGGGGCGACCCCUGGUGGGUACGGAGUGGCAGAUAUACCCAGUGAGGACAUUGGCGGUUGCAGAUGUCGCGGAGGCUGUAUAUGUAGGCAGGUGCCUAGGUCUCAGUUGACACCGCGUCACAUACACCACACACACACACAACACACACAACACACACACACACAC